AACCAUAUAAACAAUAUAAUACAAUUAGAGGAAUGAAUCGUACCCCAAGCAGACUAAAAUCCUUCCUCUUUAAAGCCCGCCAUUUCCUUGGCCUAGCCACCACAUCCGCCGCCGCGGCCGCAUCCUCCUCCGCCACCGCAACAUCCUCCACCACCGCAACCUCAACCGCCAUGGAAGAACUCAAGACCCGUGUCUGCAUUAUCGGAAGCGGACCCGCUGGACACACGGCAGCAAUCUAUGCCUCACGAGCAGAGUUAAAACCAAUCCUGUUUGAAGGAUGGAUGGCAAAUGAUAUCGCCCCCGGAGGCCAGCUGACGACCACAACCGACGUGGAAAACUUUCCUGGUUUUCCAGAAGGAAUAAUGGGGGUUGAGCUGACUGAGAAGUUUCGAGCUCAAUCCGCUCGUUUUGGGACCCAAAUUCUUACUGAAACGGUUACAAAAGUUGAUUUUUCGAGAACCCCGUUUGAGGUUUUCACUGAUUCUAAACGCGUUGUUGCGGAUUCGGUUAUUGUUGCCACUGGGGCGGCGGCGAAGAAGCUGAAUUUUGCAGGGUCGGAAAAGUUUUGGAAUAAAGGGAUUUCGGCUUGCGCGGUGUGUGAUGGGGCUGCUCCUAUUUUUAGGGAGAAGGCAUUGGCUGUGAUUGGAGGGGGAGACUCAGCAAUGGAGGAAGCAAAUUUCUUGACGAAGUAUGGGACCAAGGUUUAUAUUAUUCACAGGCGGGAUACAUUUAGGGCUUCUAAGAUAAUGCAAAGCAGGGCAUUGUCGAAUCCGAAGAUUGAGGUUAUUUGGAAUUCUGCAGUGGAGGAGGCUUAUGGAGAGAGGGUUUUAGGUGGGCUUAAAGUGAAGAAUGUGGUUACUGGGGAGGUUUCGGAUUUGAAGGUUAAUGGGUUGUUUUUUGCUAUUGGACACGAGCCUGCGACUAGGUUUAUGGACGGGCAGUUGGAGUUGGAUUCUGACGGGUAUGUUGUGACUAUGCCGGGGACCACAAAGACCAGUGUUCGUGGGGUUUUUGCUGCUGGUGAUGUUCAGGAUAAGAAGUAUAGACAAGCCAUUACUGCUGCUGGCACUGGCUGCAUGGCGGCGCUGGAUGCAGAGCAUUACCUGCAAGAGAUUGGAGCUGAAGAUGGCAAAACUGAUUGACUAUCUAAGAUAUGAAAAGGGUUCUCGAAAUAACAUUCUGCACUGAUGUGGUGCAGACUUUGGUUGCAUCAUAUAGUCAACACACGGCAUUAGUACUAUCAAGUAUAAUGAGUAUACUAUGAGUGUGUUUGGUAUUGCGGUAACUGUUGUGGUUAUGAUUUUAAAAAAAUUAUUUUAUAAAAAGUACUUUUAGUUGAGGUUGUUUUG